GACGGUUCCGGGGUGCCUUUCAGCCGCAGCGCCCCCGCUCAGCGCCUCGCCGCGUACUCCCGGACGGGGAACGGACGCCCCCCGCCCCCACCGCUUCCCCAGCUCCGUGUGCCGGAGAGAUGUCUGCCCCAGCUCAGCCACCCGCUGAGGGGACAGAAGGGGCUGCCCCAGGGGGUGGUCCCCCCGGCCCUCCUCCCAACACGACCAGUAACAGACGACUACAGCAGACCCAGGCCCAAGUGGAGGAGGUGGUGGACAUUAUGCGCGUGAAUGUGGACAAGGUCCUGGAGAGGGACCAGAAGCUCUCAGAGCUGGAUGACCGAGCCGAUGCCUUGCAGGCGGGAGCGUCACAGUUUGAGAGCAGCGCUGCCAAGCUCAAAAGGAAGUACUGGUGGAAAAACUGCAAGAUGAUGAUCAUGCUGGGAGCUAUCUGUGCCAUCAUCGUGGUAGUUAUUGUAAUCUACUUUUUUACUUGAGAAUGUGCCUCUCCUCCCCUGCCUUCCUUUGCCAUCCAAGCUCCUGUCACUUCCCUCUGUUUGCUGUCUCUACAAGCUCCUCUCUGCCUUCCUCCAUCCCAGCACAGGCUUCUCCACCAUCCAUGCCUCCUCUUUUUGUUGCGUUCAUCUGCACUCUUAUUCCUCAACACUAGAAAUGCUGCUCGUGGCACAGUCUUGAGGUCACUCCCUGAUGAGCAACGGCUGGCACCUCCUCCCGACCUGCUUCUUGUGUCCUCUGAUGGUCCCCCAAAGCUGAGAAGAGUUGGCAGAUAAGGAGAGGGGAAGGGAAUUGACUGAGGUGAAGUGCCUACCGGGUUGGGAGGAGAAGGGUGUUUGUGUCUGUGUGUCCUCUCGAGGCUGGCCUCUGGCAGAAGGAGAGGCCGUGAGCAGUUGCUCUCUGCUGCCCUCACUUGAGUUUUUCUCCUACACCAGGUCUGUACAGGGUCCUAGAGGUUUUCGUUAAGGGCCAACUUUGAACCCCUUUUAGAAAGUCGAGCUUCUGUUUUGCAGUUGCUAGUAGCUAUCAGUUCAAGGUUUUCUGUGCCUUCAGGGCGCUUACAAACUUUUAAACUUUGUCCUCUGUAGGCCUUAAAAACACUUAUUGGUCACAAAAGAAGUAGGAGACUCAUUUUUCUCCUGGAAACUGUCCCAUCUGCCUCUCCCUUCAAGGAGCUGUCCCUCCUGUUUGCUGCGGAAUUCCGUAUUGUUCAUAAAGGCACCAAAUAAUUCCAUCUAGCCAAAAGUUGGGAAUUUUAACUUGAUGACUGGCUAGAGAAGGAGUGCCUUAGUGAGAAAAUCAGUGAGUUAGUGUGAAAAUAAUGAGCUUGCAGGAAGACCCCUAUUAGCUGCUCACCAAGGAAGUGAGAUGUUCGCGGCGAGGCCUGUAGGAGCUCUUCCCUUCGUGCAGCCGCUGUGUACUCGGGUAAGACAGGGAUGAGCAGGAAGGACUUCUCCGAGGUGCGGCUGGCCUAGGCCCGAACACGCGCAGCUCGGUCUAGGGUCUAGGGUAGGAGUGCUGUGUGCUGCUGGGCCUCCCGUAUAGAGCCUCCCUGUUCUUCUUUCAGUCCGUUCCCUUUGGAGCUCCCCCACACACCUGUCUGAGCGCUGUGCCGUGCCUUCCUUCUCUUUGCAUGUUCUGUGUGCGUAGAUGGUGGACCUGAGGAUGUUAGCUGAGCUGAGCUCCAGGAUAGGACACUGCACGGGACAGACCCAGGUGCAGGGGAGGAUGGUAGGCUGGGCACUGGAGGGGACUGAUCGCGGCCCUUUAUUCCCGUCAUUCUCUGGUUUACGAGCAGGAAGAGGCCGGGCUAGGCUGGGGCUGGACGCCUGCUCUCCAUGCAGCAGCAUUUCACUGUGCAGAACCACCCUUCCUUUCCUCUCUCCCUGCUUCUCAUACUCCCUUCGUCCUGCCCCAGGGCAGGGCUGAAGAGCUGGAAGAAGGCAGUCAGUGUACCCUCCCAGCGCCCCCUCGAAGGUCUCCACUCUCCCCUGGGCUCCUCCUUGCCUAAGGCAGGGGCUUCCUGCUGGAGAAUUGCCGCCACUGUCCUCGACGGACCCCGAGCCUGGAGCACGUGGGCCCUCUUGGCCUGCCCUCUCCCGGCACAGGAAGCUCUCUGUCCUGUCCCUCUGAGGCCCACCAGGUGUAGUUCGCUCUGUCCUUUGGGGGUGUUAGCCCUUCUACUUUCUUUCUCACCCCACCUUGAACCCCUUUCUACGUCUCUGCUGUCUGUCCUCCCUCCCACCACCCAUGUGCAUGAACAGAUAUGCAGCUAACCCCGGGGACUUUGCAGUCACUUAAAGCCAAGCUCCCCACACCCCCUUCUUCGGUUUGCCGUGAGACGGCGUGGGGUCUCCAUCGUGUGUCUGUCAUUACCCCUUUGUCUUUUCCUAACCCGGUCUCACACUUGUAUAGAAUAAUACGAGUUGUACUUCCAGAGGCAUGUGGCAUACUUAACGAUUUCAUGUAUUCAGAACAAAGGCAAAAAAUACAAAUUCCUAACACUAA